AUGCGGAGCGUAAUCUACGGCUGGUGCAUCAACACGCUGGUGGGAAUGCUCGGAGAAGGGGAUUUCACCGUGGGCGUAUACAGGCAGGUCGCGCUCUUCGGAUUUUUGCCGGAGGUCGGCUGCGUUGAGCUUGUCGCCCCACCUCGUGACAUGCUGUCCAGAGCGCAGGAACGGCACGAGGAAAGCGCGCUCUCUUGCUUCUCCAGGGACGCCCUGCAGGCGCUUGGCUUCAUGCGGGACGACUUGGCGGGAACGGCUCCGAGCAAAAUUGCGGGACGACUUGGCGGGAACGGCUCCGAGCAAAAUUGGCACGCAGAGGAGGUCGACAUGCAGUGCCUGCUCCCGUCUCCGGAGGAGCCGCCGAAGACGGACGGAACCGGCGGCACUGCGAAGUGGAACGCUGUCGCGCGCCUGGUCUUCGGCGUGGUGCUGCCUCACCGGAGUGAGCUGCGCUGCGUCAGUGCCACCGGCAAGUGGCGCACGCACGCCUGCCACGCGGACAGUUGGUCCUUAUACGUCGCCUCGUUCACACAGCGAAAACCCUCGUCGCUGUGCGUCCUCACACCUGUCCCAGGCGGCAGAAAUUGGCAGCGCCAGAUCCCGCAAGCAGAAGAUGAGGUCUUCGCGGCGAGGUGGGAGGUGUGCGCUGGCGUCGAAGCUGCGGCUGGCAGCCGAGCGCUGACGGUCCGAGCCGUCGUUGGUACGUGGACAGUCCUGGAGGUGGAGGAGGCGAUGGUGCUGGGUGCGUUGUUGAGGCGCCUUGUAUCUAUCGCCACCGCAGUGCAACACAGGGAGCGACUGGCAGUCAAGACGUUCUAUACGAUGGGAUCGCUCCGAUCCCGCGACGUGUCGUUGAAAAGGAGGCUGGCGCGCUACUCGGAGACGGUGCCGGCAACGUUGCUGUCCCUCCGCGAGAGUUGGGUGUUCGCAAACUCGCUGGUGCUACGCCUCAAGUGCAUGGAAGGUGGCAUGCGUCGCAAGAUGGCCAGCGUCCGCAAGAAGCCAGGGCAACCC